UAAAAUGUAGAAACAAAUUAAAGCAGCUUUCACCCCAAGAUCACAGAUAUAUACUAUUUGAUCUCACAUUUGACAUAUGAAUAUGAUACACGCCAAACGUGGCCAUAACUUUAUUCUUAUUCCUUAAUUAAUUUAGAAAUGGUAGUGGUAGCUUCUGAAUUCACUAUUAAAUAGUCAAGAACCAUCAACAUAAUUAGUAUACCUCUUUGUAUCAAACAUCAUGGCCAAAAACUAUGGCUUCAUUAUUUGCAUACUUGUCAUGGUGAUGGAUAUUGUUGCAGGCAUACUAGGAAUUGAAGCAGAAAAAGCUCAAAACAAGGAGAAGCUUAUGAAGAUGUGGAUAUUUGAGUGUAGGUAUCCUAGCUAUCAAGCUUUUAAAUUAGGACUAGCAGCUGUUAUUCUGUUGUCUCUUGCUCACACAAUUGCUAGCUUGCUUGGAGGCUGCAUUUGUGUUUGGUCUAAAGAUCAAUACAGAUCAGCUACAGCCAAUAAACAAUUAUCAGUGGCUUUUCUCAUUUUCUCUUGGAUUGUGUUAGCAAUUGCAUUCUCCAUGCUGAUAAUAGGCACAUUAGCCAAUUCAAGAUCAAGAAAAUCUUGUGGGAUGUUUAACCACAGGUUUCUAUUCAUAGGUGGCAUUUUGUGUUUCAUACAUGGAUUGUUUACUGUUCCCUAUUAUGUUUCUGCCACAGCCACUAAAAGGGAAGAAAAGAGGCAAGAUAGUCUUGCCACCGCCGUAAGACGCACUUAAUCAUUACAAUCAUUUCAUCUCCAAAACCAAACUGUUAUAACUUAUAGGUUACAGAUAUAGGAUUUCACCAAAAACGUUGCUAAUUGUUACAUAUGAAAUGUACAUUUUUUCGCCCAUUUUUUCACUGAUUGAUUGAAGAGUUAUAUUUUCUGUUAUUGGUAACAGUGUAAUAGUUAUCCACUCCUUACAAUAAUGUAAAAUAGUUUUAUGUUAUCAUUUAAUAAUAAUUUAUUAUUUUGUCAUGUAAA